AUGCCGUUUGCGAAGGGGUCCUCAUGUGCUCGGUGCAAACGUACUUUCGGGGCAGUGCCUAACCCUGUGGUGCCAAACCCCGCCGAAGGGGACGUCCUUCAGCGACGUGGCAACAACAAUCACUGUCAGGUGUGCUUCGCAUUCUGCUCUGUCCAUCCCACUUACAAGGAAUUGAGCAGCAAAGCCAUCACAGAGAAGAUCAAUCAGAAUCAGGCCGAGUACGACCAGAACUUGUCCGAGUACGAGGCAACCCGGCGCCAGGGCAAGAGAUACAAGGCGGAAAAAAGCACGACCGUCUCAACGGAGACACGGCAAGGGAUUUCAACGAAAAGGAUCCUGGGGUACCUGUAUCCACUGGCGGCCUUGAAAAAGGCAGGCGAGGAACACUUGUGGUCUAAGCUUCCUCGUCAGACAGUGCAACAUAUGGGGCGGCCAGUCUCUGGCGUUCUCCGGGAGACAUGGGGUCCUGGGUCCAUAGAGGUCUCUGAGGAUUCGGCAUCACAGGCAGUUCGUUCCCAGAUUGCUGCUGAGUGCGAAGCGGACGAGCAGGAGAAAGCCGACCAGGCUUUCAACCAUCUUGGUCAACAGCUGCGAUUGAUUGUCUCCGAACAGGAGGCAGCCGAUGGCGGAGAAGCUGGACUGAGCCUGAAGGCCAGCAGGCCCAAACCGGAUGAAGACCAAGAUGACUUCAUGGCCUUGUGGGGUGUUGCCCCCAUGGUGGCUUCUUCUUCUGCCUCCCGUUCAACUUCGACGAAAGCGGCAAAGGACGAGAGCAGCGAAUCCACCAAGCCCAAACGGCACAAAACCAAUUCGGCUGGCUCCAACAAAGGGUUCAACUUCAGCUGUGCGAAUGAUGGUAAUUGUGCGGACACGGCUUCGCAGCCGGACCAGCAGCAGGCUCCUCAGGGCUUGGGCAGCUCAGCUUCAUGGUUGUUCAGCAUGAAAGCUCCUUCGAAGGGCAAGGCUGGCAAGGCUUGCCCCAAGGUCAAAGAGAUGGAGACGACGGAGAAGCUGUUGACACAGCACGAUCAGCUAAAGAAGCUGUUGGUAGACGACUCCAAAUUCUUGACCUUGACCUAUCAGAAGCUUUCCGCACACUCCGACAAGCUCCCCGCGAGGAAUACGGAUGACCUCCAAAAGGUGUACAGGGAGCUGAGCAACACUAGCACGGAUGGCCGUGCCUGUGAGGUGAUGAAACAGCUCGCUGCUGCUUUGAUCGAGAUUGGGCCCAUUUGCGAGUUCAUUUCGGCUUUCCAAGACAAAGAGUCUACGGGGGCAUCCAUGCAAUCGGCCCUUCAUGAGUUGCAAUCGACCGGCAUUGCAGUUCCUGCGAGUGCCGGGAAGAUGUGCAAAGCCCGGCUGCUGGUGCAGCAUGCAAGUGCAUGUCGGUGGCAGGAUUUCUUGGAGCUCAUGCAGUCGGAUGAGACUAAGGAAUUGUUUGGCGAUGAUCAAGAUGCCUUUGCAGACUUUCAGGCUUUCUCUUUGCAAACAGCCCUGACGAACUUCUUGAACCAAGAGCUGCAUGUUCCUGGUUUCGAGAAUUAUAAGCAGGAAAUGAAGGAUGCUGGGGACGAGAUCUCUGCCGAGGAGAAGGAGAAGAGGGAGUCCAGGAGAAAUGCAGCUGUCACUGCAUUCGCGCUGGAGAAGACGAAGCAGCUUCAUGGCUUUUUGGUGGCCUUCGCCGAGAGUGAUGUCUGUGUCAGCUGGAAGGAUCGUCACGAGUUGUCGUCAUGGCUAGAGGAGUUGAACAAGCUGGCCAUCCUGGUUGACUGGGCUGGACAUCAGGACAAGGUGCUGUCCGGCGAAGAUGUGCAGACUUUGACAACGGCGAGAAUGCAGCUAGUUCACAAGAAAAGCCGCUUCUUCGAAUCGCUCACUCUGUUUCCAUUCGGACAGUACAUUCAGCAGACAUGCGGUGUUCUACUUGUGUCUUUCCUUCGUGAUCAGAAUUUCAAGACCGAGCUGGACUCUUGCAUUGAGUCCUGUGGAAACCUCCGAACCUUUACCUCUGAUUCUCUGUUCAAGCAGGACACUUUGGAGAUCACUGUUCCAGGGCAAGCGAAGGUGGUUGACAUCGUCCAGAAGAUCACAGCGGUACAGAACCAGGCCUCGAAUCACUUCAUGCAGGCGAACGAGGCCCAGGUCGACUUGGUGAAGGUGAAGAUUGGUGAGUUGGCUACAGCGAUGUCGAAUGCUUGCAUCUACAAGUUCCGAAAGACUUGCAUGGACACUUUGCAGCCUUUGUUGAAAACAUUGGUUGCAGGGGACAUCGAUGCUGACGGCACCGCCAAGCUUGUGGAGAUUGUCAAUGAGGCCAAGAACUUUCUGCCCGUUCAGCAGGCCCUCCUCACCAGAUGCUUGGGAACCUUGGGUGCUGAGGUCGUUGAGAUGAUCCAGCAGAAUCGGACUUUCUGGACACGUUUCUCUGCCAUUAUCCCUGCCGUCGUGAACCUCAUGACGCCUGCCACCGUGGCGUGCGAACCGGGCAGAUUGCUAGGGGCGGACAUUCUUGCACUGAUGGACAUGUACAGUGAGACCAAGGUCCAGCUGCUCCAGAAGAUGUGUGUCGAUAUCUGGCCCGAAGUGUUGCAGAUUGGCAAUAACAUCAGGCGAGCUGCCAUGCUUCGUUUGGGAAAGGAAUCCCAGAGUUUUGUGCAGUUCGUGGUGUUCAUGUCCGGACAGAGUGAGGAGACUGCACGUGCAUUGGCGAAAGACGUCGUGGGCGAGUUCCAGGACGAGGAAGACAAGAUCAUGGUCAGUUACGAAGCAAUGUUCGUUCAUUACGGCAGCCACCUACCGUCUGAUUGGAGUCCGAUGCAAGCCGAGGUACAUGUUUCUUCCGCUUCUUUGUGUGCUGCUGGGUCAGCACUCCCCCUCGCGAAGAUCUUCGUGCACAUGGUGUCGUGGCAGAAGGAAUUGGUGCAGUUCGUGCCGUGUGCUACGAUUCUUCUUGAUGGCGAGCCAGCAAGCCUUCCGAAGAAGUUUCAAUCAGACGAGUGCCUCAUCCGUGCUUUGUGUGCAAAAGAGCAUGAACCCGGAAAGUUCAUGCACUGCCUUCGUUCAGCUACGGAUGCAGCUGAAACAAUCGGUCACGACAUGGCCCGAUGCUUCGCCAAGACCUGUUUGACAAAAGCGCCGGAGCUGUUCCAGAAGAUUGUCGACAUUGUCAAGACCGAGGUCCUUUCCACGAUUGCAGUCUUGAAGAAGUUGCAUGGGAAUAUCCCCACAUCGGCUCAGUUCAUCGCAUCCCUGGACAAGGGCGAGAUUGAUGCUAACAUGGCCAAUUCUAUGUGCAAUGACGUGUCCAUGCAGCGGCUGUACAUGUUUCUUCAAUGUGCUCUCGAGGACUUCAUGGGUUUGAAGAAGGUCUUGGUCGGAAUAAGUGCGGCCAUUAGUGUUCGUGAGAUCGAUGAUGGGUCGGCGGCAUCCGGCUCGUUCAGUGGUGUGAUAGCUGAAGCCAAGGCAGUAAUUCAGGUAUUUGCAGAAUUCAAUGAUGUUUCAGCAAAGGAUGCGACUUUGAUUUCGAUUUCCAGCCUUGUCGCCAACACGACUAUGGCUCAGGCAAUCACUCGCGAAUUAAAGGUUGGCGAGACGAGGCCAUCGCUAGUCAACAAAGCACUUUGCGGAAUCCGCAAGCGGGGAUGGAAGUUGCAUCCCGUACUGGUGCAGCGAUCCACUGCUGUGCUGCAGGGAAAGGCACCCAAACCUGCGGCAAAGUAA